AGCCAUCCAAAUCAACGUAAAACGACAUCGUUUCAACGGCUGCCCGCGAUCUGUGCGCUUUUUUCCCGCACUGUAUAAAACCAAAGCUAACCUAUAGGAUAAACAUUGAAAUCCUUCUCUUUAUUCUCUGCAACAAUAAAUCAAAUCCGAAAAACCCUCCUUUGCCCUCACAAAACCCUAGCUACUGACUGCUGAGGGUUCCUCUAUCUAGCCGAUUACAGUUUGAAGCUAAUACAAGCAAUCAAUUCAAUGGAUUAUGAUUAUGAGCAAAACCGGACGCAAUUUGAAGACAAUAUAGUGGCGUAUAAUGGCGCAGAAGAAGAAGACGAUUAUUAUGACGAUACUCAACGAACACAACAAAUGGGCGGUGCAGGCCACGCUAGAAAGCUAUCCCUAAAUCAUCACAAUCGCGAUUCUUCUUCUUCUUUUCCAGGAAAACUCUUUGUUGGUGGCGUCUCCUGGGAAACUACUGAAGAGACAUUCAUGAAUUACUUCAGCAAGUAUGGAGAAAUCACUGACUCUGUAAUCAUGACGGAUAGACAUUCUGGAAGACCAAGGGGAUUUGGAUUUGUAACAUUUGCUGACCCAGCAGUUGCUGAUAGAGUUUUGGAGGAAGACCAUCUCAUAGAUGGCAGAGAGGUUGAAGUGAAGAGGACAGUUCCAAGGGAGGGUAUGGAGGUUAAAGGGGUUGUAAGAGCCAAGAAAAUAUUUGUUGGUGGAAUACCAGCUGCUCUGGCUGAAGAUGAGCUAAAGGAGUACUUUUCUAUGUAUGGCAACAUUGUUGAGCACCAGAUUAUGCUAGACCAUAAAACUGGACGGUCUAGGGGCUUUGGGUUUGUCACUUUUGACAAUGAAGAUUCUGUUGAACAUAUCUUCUCAGAGGGCAGGACACAUGAACUUGGAGGUAAACGGGUGGAAAUAAAGAAGGCUGUACCAAAAAGAAAUGGUGGUGAUUAUGGCUCUGCUACUGCAAGGCCUCAUUCUGGAUUCAGCAAUGGUGGUGGCCAUAGUUCAGGGGAGUUGUAUGAUGAGAAAGUUGCCAGAGGAUAUGGCAUGUAUAAUGGAUAUGGCUACAAUGGUUAUGGAGGUUAUGUGGCCUAUGGAAGCAGCAAUGGUUUUUAUGGUGGAUAUGGUUAUGGAUUUGGGUUUGGUGGGCCCAUGAUGUUUGGCAAUGGUGGAUAUGGAGGUAUUGGUUAUGGUACCCCUAGCGGGUAUGGCGCAGCUGCUGGAUUUGGUGGUGGUAAAGUUUAUGGAAGAAAUAUUGAUACUGAUAGUUUUGGCACUGGCAAGGGAUAUGGAAAUAGAAUUGAUGGUGCCUUACAUGGUGGUCAUGGCAGUAGCAAGGGUUACGGAGGCAGUGAGAAUGGUGGUAGUGCUGUUACAGCAAGGUACCAUCCGUACCAAAAGUGAAAGGAUUUUUUUUUUAUUAUUUUUUUUUUUAUAACGGGGCAUCAAAUUCCCAGCCUGUUGUUUGAUAUGAAGAUUUCCUAUGCAAAGUUAGGGUUAGGUUGUUUCCAAAAAACUGCUGAAUAUUCAGUUGCUGCCAACCUCAUUAUCUAAUUUUGUGAGGUUGUGAUUUGAUGAUAGAACGGAUUUUUGUAAUAUGAAGAAGAAAAAUUACAGUAUAGUGUUGAAUUUUGCAGUGCUUGUACUGGGAUAA